AAUUCGAUAACUCGAUAACGUGAAUGCAAAUCAGCUGUUCGCAAUUUUACUGAGAAUGGCAAAUUGCGCUGUCGCAAUUCACACAAAUUGAAAACAUAACAAGCCACAGAUUUAAACAACGUUAAAAAAUCUGUAUAUAUACAGGAAUUGUAAAUAAAGUAUGCAAAAGACCAGCGAAGAGGAUAAGACGCAUACCAGCCAGAUUGCGUCCAAGCCAAGAAACGAUGCGGACGACGGCGGCGGCGGUGGAAGCGGUGGCGGUGCCGCCAAUCGCAUUGUUGUAAAUGCAGCACUUGGAGCGACAGAGACACGCAUACGAAUCAAUAAAUGGCGCGUACGCGAAGGACAAUUCGUUUCUGCGGCACAGAUUCUGUUCUUGUACCAGCAGCUCGGCGAUGAUGGGAAACCUAUUAAGAAAGACGAUACCACAAUCCAUAAGUAUAAAUCAAAUCGUGCUGGUGUGGUCAAAAAGCGUCUACGCAAGGAAGGCGAAAUUGUGAUAAAAGGAGAUGCGCUUUUGGAGUUAUCCGAAUGCAUACACACAACCGUUAUCAAGGACAUGUGCGCAGACUGCGGCGCUGAUUUGCGCCAAAACGAAAAUGGACAAACAUCUGAGGCAUCGGUACCGAUGGUCCACACAAUGCCCGACUUGAAAGUUACCCAGAAGCUGGCUCAGAAAUUGGGACACGAUGAUACACGCCGCCUGCUCGCUGAUCGUAAACUGGUUUUGUUGGUGGAUCUCGAUCAGACUGUCAUACACACUACCAACGACACAGUGCCGGACAACAUCAAGGGCAUCUAUCAUUUUCAGUUGUAUGGACCUCAGUCUCCCUGGUAUCACACGCGACUGCGCCCUGGCACCGCCGAAUUCCUGGAGCGCAUGUCCCAGCUGUAUGAACUACAUAUUUGCACAUUUGGCGCUCGAAACUAUGCGCACAUGAUUGCACAGCUGCUGGAUCCCGAUGGCAAGUUCUUUUCCCAUCGCAUUUUGUCGCGCGAUGAAUGCUUCAAUGCCACCAGCAAGACCGAUAAUCUAAAGGCACUUUUUCCAAAUGGCGAUUCCAUGGUCUGCAUUAUCGAUGAUCGUGAGGAUGUUUGGAACAUGGCCUCCAAUUUGAUACAAGUGAAACCUUACCACUUCUUCCAACACACUGGCGAUAUAAAUGCGCCGCCUGGUCUGUCCAAGCAUGAACUAGAUGGCGAGGGUGUUGAUUUCAAAGAAAUUGAUAAAAUAGCCGAAAAGAAGCCGUCGGAGAGUGUUGACAAGGAGUCGACGAAAACCGAGGAUGUUGAUGCUGACAAGGGCGACAAUACAGUUUCCAGCACAAGUAAGGACGAGGAGGUUAAUGAAGAGUCUGUGGACGUUUUUGAGCUGGAAAGUGAAGCAAAAGAUGUAGAGACAACAAGCACAUCCAGCCAUACAGAAACUAAAGAAAUCGCUGUAAAUAGUGUCGAUAAACUGAAUGGAAAGGCAUCUGCCGAAGAAGUCAUGGUUGUAGAUGAGAAUUCAUCUGGUUUGUCAGAGCAAGAGACACAGAACAAUGCGAAGCACGGCAGCGAUAGCGAUGACAUCAAUGUCACUGAUGAUUUGCCCUCGGAUAACUCAAAAGGCAGCAACAAUGCUGAGAAAUCGGCGCCCAAGAAAGAGGAUGACGAAAGCAUCGCAUCGUCGACCAGCGGCGAAGAUAAGCGUGGGCCAGAGGUCGAAGAUGACACAGCAGAAGGUAGCGAUGAUGUGGCCACAACAUCACAACAACAGAGCACCAGCCCAAAUGUUAAAAUAACCAACGAUGGGCAGAAACAAAUUGAAAUCGAGGAUCCCGAUGAUUAUUUACUCUAUCUGGAGGUUAUUCUGCGCAACAUUCACAAGCGCUUCUAUGCGAUCUACGAUGAGACUACAGAAAUACCCGAUCUCAAGAUAAUUGUGCCGAAGAUUCGUUGCGAAGUGCUGCGUGGACAGAAUCUAGUCUUUUCCGGCUUGGUGCCAACACAAAUGAAACUGGAGCAAUCAAGGGCGUACUUUAUAGCCAAGAGUUUGGGUGCCGAGGUGCAGUCAAACAUAAGCAAGGAAAUAACACAUCUGGUUGCCGUCAAUGCUGGUACCUAUAAGGUUAAUGCAGCCAAAAAGGAGCUCAACAUUAAGGUGGUCAACGCCAAUUGGUUGUGGGCCUGUGCCGAGCGCUGGGAGCAUGUAGAGGAGCGUCUCUUUCCGCUGGAUCGCAAGGUGCGCAACAAGGGCAGACAACCACCGGCACAUUGCCACAGUCCCGAGCAUGUGGUCAACUAUAGUGAGAGAUCUGAGAUAUCGCCAUCGAGCAGCAUGCAACAGGAGCAAGGUGGCAACUUCCGUGAAACGCUUAAUCCAUUGCUGGUCUUCACCAACGCAGACAUUGCAGACAUGAACAAGGACUAUGAUACCUUCUUUGAGUCUGAUUCGUCUAGUGAUGAGGGACCCGUCAACUUUGAAAAUCCGCCUAUGGAUAAGAAGUUACUAAAGCGUAAGCGUGAGGAUGAGAGCUCGAACCGUGCCCACGAUUUCUUUACACGCUCCGAGGAUGUCCUGAUGGGAGCGCCAACUGCAGACACUGCAGAUUUCGACAAGAGCUCCAACGAGGGCGAUGAAAACGACGAUGAGGAAAACGAGGAAGAUGAUGACGAGAUGCCAAGUGCCAAGUUUCGGCGUGGCGAGGAGCUGCCAUCUGAUUUAGAAAUGGGUUCGGAUUCAAACAGCGAGAACAACAAUCAAGAGGAUGACGACGGUGAAUGGAAUAUGAUGGGCGCUGCAUUGGAGCGUGAAUUUCUUGGCCUUGAAGAUUAGAUCUGCAACUCCCCAUUUUGGACAUUUAGAAUUUCUGAGAUGCACUCGCUGUCGAGGCAUGAAAGAUUAGACGGCGAUAAUGAUGUUCAAUAUACUUUUGACAUUUCAAAUGUACCUACUCUUCAAAAUCAACUAAACGUAAUUAAAACAAUUUUCGGAUGGUUUAUCUAUGAACCAACAAGCGAAGCAAUAAACGGAAAAAUUACAUAUGUAGAAAGAGAGUGAGGUAGUUGAUCCAAAUGCGAGAUUAUAUAUAAGAUGAAAGAUGCGCACUGUAUGUAUUAGUAGUUAAUAUGUAUCUACUUUUAAACACACAACCUAAUUUAAGCGAAAGCAUAUAAACUUUCUAUAUGCACACACAUCCUACAUACAUAGCGUCUAUUUAGGAAUCUUGUAAAGCUAACGCUGUUCCAAAAUUUUGAUAGCGAUUUAGUAGCAUCCAUAUAAAUUGUAAAAUCAAAAAUAUCUCACUGUAAGUAAAAUUGCGUAAAUGUAAAUGUUUUAAAAAUAAAUUCCGUUGAAACGGAGGAGUAGUAA